AUGGAGCCACAUAGUAUUCCAUCACUCUUGACUGCACCCAAUAAAACUUUAAUUGCAUCAUCCUCAAAUUCAAGGAGGCCUUCAAAUACAAACGUCAAUGACACGAAUAGCGAUAUACUUUCUCGUAGUCCCUCGCUUGAACUUUCGGACUCCUUUUCAGUUCUUAGUUUUACACCUAUAAAACAGCAUCCUACCAAUAAUAAUAACUUGAAGACAUCACCUACAAUAGAGCAACAUUAUCAUCCUUUUUUCUCUAGUUCUCAACUUGCUUUUAUCAAACCUAUUUGUUCAAAUAGAGUCAUAGAUAACUGGAACUUUUUGUCUUUGGAGAAAUAUUCUGCAUCACAUAAUUCACAAGAUGCUUAUGAUUUGGAAAUGAGCACUUUAGGCUUAUCUAUUGAACUAGGUAAUUUGUUGUAG